AAUAUGUAAGACCACUUGCGAUAUUGUAGCUUUCUACUAAUUAAAGAGCUAAUAUUUAAACUAAGACUGCGCUUUGAAAUAUAGUUAUAGCCUUUCUACAUUGGCCCGUCAACGUCGUUGCGUUUCUAACGCAUGAUGAUAUGACUACGUCGGACUAGAUUACUACUUUAGUGUUGCUAUCUACAACUCCAAAAUGCUGAGUCUAUUCAGUUCCGCCAAGGAUAUUACUAAGGGAGUGCGAUUAGCAGCCGACACCGCGGUUUGGGCUGGGAACGCCGUCUCGCGGCAUAUAAAAGGAGGCAAGACGGGUAUUUGUCUCGUCUGCAACAACCUACAGCCUUAUGGGCACGAAGAUACAUUCGGUCGACCCAGCGCCGCAUGGAAUCAGCUUAGAGACCCUCAGCGGGCUACUCGCAAAAAGGAGCUUGCCUCCGUUCCUACUCUUGUCCUAGAAAAGGUAUCAACGAAGAAGAUUUUAGAGAGUCGUGAAGUCGAUCCUCAGACCGGUCGUCCUAAGAACGAUUGCAAGUACUGUCGGCUCCUUUGCGAAAUAUUUGACGCGUAUUUCAUCGACGAAUGGAUGAGCUGGAUUACGGAGACCAAAAAUGCCAUGCCGAUACAGGUUGGUCUGAUGAUCAGAGAAGGGGCACCUUUGAUAGUUAACUGCUGGAACUUCACGUACGAUAAAUGGUUUCAGAAUCCGAGGGUAGAUCUAGAGUUGUACAUGGACCCUAUGCCUCCAUCCCCUAUACCAGGAGCCCCUACAAUGGGGCCCGUAGGUCCUCGUGCAGCAGAUGUCCGGUCUGAGGAAUGCAUGAGGUUUAUGAAGGAAAGCAUUAAUGAAUGCUGUAGAGCACAUCCCGGAUGUGCUGCACACCCUAAUGGCUUCGUUCCGACAAGGUUAAUAUACGUCGGUGGAGGGAAGAACGCGCUCAGACUCUGCGAUAAUAUUUCUUCAGGGGGUAAUAUUACGUGGGCAGCGUUAAGUCAUUGUUGGGGUGGUGGCAAGCCGCUAUCAUUGACAAAGUCGACUCUGGGUACCCUGAAAGAGCGUAUUGAUUUCUCAGAGUUACCGCUCACAUUUCAAGAUGCAAUCACUGUUGCUCAAGAGCUUGGAUUAGUAUAUGUUUGGAUAGAUUCCCUUUGUAUCGUCCAAGACGACAAGACAGACUGGGAGAAGGAGGCAGCUCUCAUGGGUGAGGUGUAUAGCCGCGCGUUUAUUGUUAUCAGUGGUGCCUCUUCGCCCAAUCCUAGUACGCCGUACUUACGACCUCGAGAAGAAGAAUGGCUUCCGAAGCGUUUUAAUUUUCCUAUCGCACCCGGUGCUAAUAUAUCGAUUAUGGUCCGACAGCGACAUCUCCUAGCAGCGCCGCUUGACCAAGGGCUACUCGAGCCGCCUUUCACGGGUUCAUGGGCCGUGUUGAAGAAAGUUGGUCCCCUUUAUGCGCGUGGAUGGUGCUUUCAAGAAUCGUUCCUCGCGCCACGGAUCCUCAACUUCGCCCCAGGUGCUAUCAUAUACGAAUGCCGGACGCAUCGGAAGAGCGAGGAUCAACUGCCUCCUUAUCCGUCCACAGUCCCUGGCUCGUUGGGCGAAGUAACCCCCUUGGAACAGUGGCACAUGAUUGUCAAAUCAUACACUUCGCGCCAAUUAACGUUCACUAGUGACAAGCUCCCGGCCAUAGCCGGCGCUGCUACUAUCAUGCCGCAGGUGAGGACUAGUAAAUAUCUUGCCGGCCUAUGGAGCGAGUCUCUGCUUUUAGAUCUUCUUGUACGUACUUCCAAAAACUUCCCAACAAAGCAGGGAAAUGUCGCUUCGGUGAAAUAUCCGAUGCCCCUAAGCUACUUAUUAAAAGGGACAAUUACUAACCUAUUAUCAAAUAAUGCCGGGCCGCGCACAUCUACCGUUAAUGACGAAGGAACACGAAGAGAAUGCGCCAACGUGGUCAUGGGCGUCGAUGAACUGGGGUGUGACUUGGAACCCGAUGCAGGAUCCACAGCUUCUUGCCUCUGUGGUCGAUGCCCGGACAGAUGUAGUAGGGGCCAACUCUUACGGGCAAGUAUCAGGGGGCACCAUCACUCUCCGAGGCCGAAUCAAGUAUUGUCGGCUUUCGGCCGACUACCAUAAGAACGAGCACUGGGUUUACUACCGAAAAGGCGAUGGCUCUUACAGCCGAAAGCAGCACUUCCGAACUGAUGGCGCUUUGGAGUCAUGGACUGUGCCUGGACAUACUGACUCCUCUGCUCGCCGGUCGCGAGUCACAACAUCUGGAAUUGCGUUGGAGACAGGGGCAGCGUUUUUCUGUGUUGCAAAGUGCCAUUGGAUGAAGAGUGAUCACAUGGGUUUGAUAUUGGGCAGGUCACCAAGGUUUCCUGGGUAUAUGGAGAGGGUAGGGAGCAUCUCCAAUGUGCCCAAGGAUUGGUACGACACUGGCGUAGACGCCACAAUAACUAUAAUAUAGAUAGUGAGAGUGUAGGUAAUAGGCCAGCCCAUGACGGGUAUAACGUUGCCGGGUGGAAGUGUACUUAGACUAUGAGGAGAUAGAGGCUGAAAUGUUCUGAAACUGGGAUUCAUGCUCAAAUCUUCACCAUAGCCGGCCGUAGCAAGCCGUCAGAUGAUUAUAUAUACUAGCAAACAGGGCAAGAAGCAAAGGAGAAGAUAUCCAUCAACCUCAAUACAGCACUCCUAUACC